UGAAAAGUCAAGCAAACCCAAGCACACUAGCACCACUGGGAGAUCAGAACUUCUAGCUGGCUCUCUGCUGCCACAGCUCCACCGAAGGGUGGGGGAGGAAGAGGAGGGAGCCUUGCCGGGGGAACUAACCCAGAGCUGAGAGCAGAGGCAGGUGUAUGCAGGCACAUCAUCCAGAUCAUGAGGCCAUCCCUCUUCUUGCUCCUCCCACUUCUCCUCGUCUUGGCCUCUGUGACCCAAGGCCAGCCAACAAGACGACCAAGGCCCAGGCCCAGGCCCAGGCCCAGGCCCAGGCCCACUCCCAGCUUUCUUCAGCCCCAUGAGCCAUCAGAGCCUACAGACCUGCCUCCGCCCCUCCCACCAGGCCCUCCAUCUAUCUUUCCUGACUGUCCCCGGGAGUGCUACUGCCCCCAUGAUUUCCCAUCUGCCCUCUACUGUGACAGCCGCAACCUUAGAAAGGUCCCCAUCAUCCCACCCCGCAUCCAUUACCUCUAUCUCCAGAACAACUUCAUAACCGAGCUCCCAGUGGAGUCCUUCAAGAAUGCCUCAGGCCUGAGGUGGGUCAACCUCGACAACAAUCGAAUUCGCAAGGUAGACCAGAAGGUGCUGGAGCAACUGCCCAGCCUGGCAUUCCUCUACAUGGAAAAGAACCAGCUGGAAGAAGUGCCCUCUGCCCUGCCCCCAAACCUGGAGCAGCUGAGGCUGAGCCAGAACCAAAUCUCCAAGAUCCCGCCCGGUGCCUUCAGCAAGCUGGAGAACCUGCUGCUCCUGGAUCUCCAACACAACAAACUGAAUGAUGAAGUCCUCAAGCCAGACACCUUCAAGGGCCUCAAGAACCUCAUGCAGCUCAACCUGGCCCACAACAUCCUGAGAAAGAUGCCACCCAAGGUCCCCACAGCCAUUCACCAGCUCUACCUGGACAGCAACAAGAUCGAGUCGAUCCCUAGUGGAUACUUCAAGGCCUUCCCCAACCUUGCCUUCAUUCGCCUUAACUAUAACAAGCUAUCUGACAGGGGGCUCCCCAAGAACUCCUUUAAAAUCUCCAACCUGCUAGUGCUCCACCUAUCACACAACAAGAUCAGCAAUGUGCCUGCCAUUAGCAACAAGCUGGAGCACCUAUACCUCAACAACAACAGCAUCGAGAAGAUCAAUGGGACCCAGAUUUGCCCCAACAACCUGGUCACCUUUCAUGACUUCUCCUCGGAUCUGGAAAAUGUGCCACACCUCCGCUACCUGAGGCUGGACGGGAACUACCUGAAGCCGCCCAUUCCCCUGGACCUCAUGAUGUGCUUCCGCCUGCUGCAGUCCGUGGUCAUCUAGGUCUUGCUCUGCCCUGGGUCUCCUCUGGUUGCACUUGAACACAGGCGGCCCAAGCACCUGAGCUCCCCAUUCGUUUUCUCUCUCUGCCUGUCUUUCUGCCGGCUUUGCCUUUCUCAUCCCACCUUGCUGAAGCAGGACAAGCCGCACGCUGCUACACCUGCAGCCCCCAGGGCAAGACUUCACAGGCCUUGGCUGGGUCCACCCCAUGCAAAGACACCCACUGUAAAUCUAAAUUUCUGGCCCCAGAAGCACAGAUGUUUGUCUGAAGAUUUCAUAGUCCCUUCUCUCCCCACCUUCCCCCAUCACUCCUGGGUCUGGACCUGGACUGACAUCUGGACCUCAGUCUGGUGAACCAACCGAGAAAAUAGUCGGGGUGGCCCAGAGCUGAGGCUCACAAAGUCCUGCACAAGACUCCUCCUUUGUGGGCACCUCUGACCCCACAGGGCCAAAAAACUCAGGCUUUGUUGACCAAGGAUGGUCUGCCUUGCAAAACUGCUGCUCCACCACCAGUUUGCUGGCACCAGACAUCACACUGGCUCUCUGUCGACCUGUGUUCUCCAGAAAGGAAGUGCAAGGGCAUGACCAGGGGAGAGCAGAGGGUCAGCGUUCCCACAAGGGCCUGCAUCCGGCCUACUCUUCACACGGAGGAGCUGCGGCCCUCUUCCUCCAGGGUGAACACAGCUCACGCCCUCCUAAAUGGGCCCCUCUAGUCCAAGAGGAAGAGCAAGGAGGAACAGUCCCGGAGAGGGAUUGGCCAGCUGGCGAGGGGUAGGGGUCAGAGCCCUGGGAUGGGCCAGUGGGGUUGCAGAUGGGUCCUGCAGCCCCUUCGGCCACUCUGAACAAGAGGCCUGGUGUCUGGGGAACACAGUGUCCACACGGGAGGGUGCAGAGCUACCAGCCCCACCCUGACAUCUGUUCUCUAUCAGCUUGGAUGGCCCAACCCUGUCCACCCACGAGAGGUUACUGAGAAACCUGCAAGAAGGGGUGGGGCACCUGGAAAUUUCCCAGAAGCCUUUUCCACGUGUUCAAAUUGGCCUCCUCUCUAAGACAGACACAUCAGUGACACCUGGUGGCUGGUGCAGGUCACAGAUGUUUCCUCCUCUUCAUCUCCCUAGGGCUGAUUUUCCAAAGUCAAAGAGUUCCAACUUGAAGACUCAGGAGCCAUGUGCGCAGUCUCUCUCUCUCUCCUCUUGGGUCUAAAGGGCACAGAGCUACAGUGGCCCUGAGGUGGGAAGGGUGGGGUGGCUCAUUCCAUUGCAGGUGAGCACCAGGGGGAACCUUAGGGACCAGGAGAGGGUGUGGUCUGAAAUUCCUGUCUGCUGUCUGAACUUGCCGAGCCUUCUGCUCUCAGCUCUCACAAUCUGUAAACCCCUCUAAGACCCCUCUAGCACUCAUGUUCCAUUCUGUGGCUCCACCCUUUAGACCUUGCUCUAAUGCAAGACAAGUCUUAAAUAUUAUCCCCUUCUCUUGCAGUUAUUUGUUCCCUGUAUGGAUGUCCCUUCCCCAAAUUUCCCACCCUCCUGCUUGGCCCAGGUGAAACUUGGCUGGCCUCCAAGGGAGCCUGGGCCCCAAAGGCUGACCCACCUUUGUCUUCCCCUGACCUGCCUCAGGCGGAUGCUGCCCCUCCACAGUCCCUGAGUGUGUAUGUUGGUACAGUGGGGGUGGAUGUUCUAGAAAUGAGUAGUACACUGUGCCCACACUCAAGAUAGGUUGAGAAAGGGUCCAGAGAUUUUUUAAGAAAUCGUAUUAAGCUAGACCCUUAACUUCAAGAAGUUUGCAUCAUACUCUCGUUUCUCUUUUGCCAACCUACAGAAAAUGGAGCCCAUUCAAUCCUAGUCUCCUUCACCAUGCUCCUAUACACUGCCUCAUGCUUCUGAGUUGCAGCUGGUUUCUCCAAGGCUCCUGCUUAAAGUCAAUAUAGUAUUGUGGCUGUAAGCAACCUGGUGCUCUGGCCUGGAUAAGCCCCCUUCUGCACCUUAUUCACACCUUUCAACCUCAGCUGCUCUGAGGAGGCCCUCAGGGAACACCGCUCCAAUGGCUGGGGUGGGGCAUGGGUCAUCCCCCUGCUUCUGCAAACCCAAACUAGUUUGUUUUAGCAGCAACAUAAUCACCAUCACCUCAUCACCCCAUCAAGAAUGCCUGCUCCCUGCAUCAGUCUCUGCAGCUGUAAGUCGGAGAGGAUUGAGUUACAACGACUUUACACAAACCCCACCCACCCCACCACCCCAUCCCUGGCUCACUCCCUCAGCUGCAGUGCGGUGCCACUGGCUAGCGUGCUCUCUCUCUCUCUCUCUCUCUCUCUCUCUCUCUCUCUCUCUCCCACACACACACACACACACACACACACACACACACAAUGUGCUGAUUUCCUUUGGAUUUCAGGAGGCCCUCUCCUCCACACACAACUUUAUCUCCCAGUGCUGUUGGUAUCUAUAUAUACAGGUGUGUAAGUAGGUGUAUAUGUGUACUAUAUGUGUGUUCAUAUAGCUAUUCUUCUGGAAGACCACGUUAACUUUGUUUCAUAACUUUCACAUUCCAACAUGCUUCACAACAGAGGAAAUAAAGUAAUA